AUUUAUCAACUGAGAGGAAGUAUGAAGAACAGUUGGACUCUGAGAAAAAAGACAGUUCUGUUUUGAAGGCCAAGAGGAAAAGAAAGAAGAAGCUCAAGGAGAGAUUGAAAGUAGGGGAGGAUGUCAUCCCACUCAGAGUCCUCUCAAAGAAAGAGUGGUUGAACCUGAAGCAGGAGUACAUGACACUGCAGAAGCAUUGUAUGGCCCAUCUAAAGCAGUCAGUGACUCAAAUCAACAAGAAGUCAGUGAAGUAUGAUACCAUGCACACUAAAGAGAGUGAGAACACUUCUAAGGAUACAGUUAAGAAAGAGCAUUCAUCUGGCCCUGAGUUUGUGAGUGGAGUCAUUGUCAAGAUUAGCUAUAAUCAGCCCCUACCAAGCAAGAGGUGCAUCAAGGAUUCACUGUCUGAGAUGUCCGCUGUGGCUUAUGUGGACAUUCUUGAUGGCGAUAAAGAGGGUUACAUUCGUUUCAAGAGUCCUGAAGAUGCACAGACAGUUAUCACAGCCCGAUCAGAAUUUCAGAAAAAAUACAACUGGAACCUUGAACUCCUCUCAGGUGACCAUGAGCAGAGGUACUGGCAGAAGAUUUUGGUGGACCGACAAGCAAAGCUAAACGGUCCUAGAGAAAAAAAGCGUGGAACAGAAAAGCUCAUUUCUAAAGCUGAGAAAAUCAUCAUCGCUCGGGCCACCGAAGCAAGUAAGCACAUCCGCUUUGAUGACUAACAGUCUUCAACAGAAAUAUUGUAAGAAAAACAAAUAUUUCAAAUGACAAAGCCAGUGAAUUCUAAAAUGCUUUUUUAUGUUUUAUGUUGAUCUGACCUUUUAUUUUCUUAUUUGAAUGAUCAAGUAAUUAAUGGAGUUUUGUGUUGGAAUUGGAACGAAGAUGUCUGGAAUCAUCAUCAUCAUUGUUAUUAUUAUUACUAUUAGUAAGUUGUUUACUGUUUUUUUUAUUAAGUUCUUAAAUUUUGAUGGCAAGAAAAGGUUCCAAAAUCAGUUGUAUAUGUAGCUAUAUUUGCAUCCCUGUUAUUCUUUUUAUUAUAGUUUUUUUUUUUCUUUUUAAUAAAAUUCAUUAUUGAAAGCA